AUGCAAAUCCAUCAUCCACAUCUGCAGCUGGCCGUGUUGACGCGAAAAGCCACGAAAACAACAUUGGCACAAAGAAUUCUCAACAGUCUGUCGUGGGAGACAUUCAGCAGAAUAAAGGACACCGGCAAAAAAGCUGUCGCUUCAACGAGUAGAGGAGAAGGUUCACGAUUGCCACUCACGACGGUUGAAGAAAUGAGUGUUGUAAUGACAAAGGGCGAUAGCGGCAGCAGCACCGCGGCAGCUACGGUCAUGCAGUCUGACACUGGCACAGAAGGCGCUCCGGCCACCAAUCAUCCGAACCGACCCUCCACUGAAGGCGCCACACCACCCGGAACGAAUUCCGAUGGUGAAGCUGCAUCAGCCAACAAAUAUGAUACGGUCUCUCAGACUGCGGGAUCCACAGCAGCGCCAACCACAAACGCCAAAGCCGAUGACACGACGAAGCCUGGCGACAGUGACAGCGGCACCGCAGCCUCCCACACCACCGCUUUUCUUUUGCGCUUAACGUUGCGUGUGCGGCUGCUGCGGUGGUGCCCAGGCCUGCAUGAAGUGGUGUGCGCUGAAUAUGAACGAAGGCCGAAGGCAAAUGAAUUGUUGUUGUGA